UUGAUAGAGUGGAGUGCCACUCAAAGCGUUGCUUCUCUUGCUGCCCUGAUGUGAAUAUUAAAGGCAAUUUUAACGAAAAUAAAUUGGAGUGCUGUCUACUGUGCUACAAUUCUGGAUCAGUUGUAAUAAGCAACUUUGCAAUUCCAUUAAUUACAAAUGUCACUGGUUAUAAAUUGUAUAAUGUAAUGUUACACUAUACAGUUACCCUGAACAAAUGAAUCAGGAAGAAAAAUCUACUGGCUUCGAUUUACACAUGUAUAUGUGAGAACUGUUCUAUUUUAUCAGAAAAUCUGGAGAUAAAUUGUGGCCACUUUUUGUGUGCACAUUUGAAUUGCAUUUCGGGAGAGCUAUCGUACACACAAGCAAGCUGAGAGAUGCAUGGAGGAGGGAACAUCUGUUACCCUUGAGCUACAAAAUCAUAGACCAAACAUCAGCGAUUCCAGCUUGGGAGGGUUUCAAGACUUAGGUUAUUAUCUCUAACUCCUGCUCUGGAUUCCCACACACAGAACAUCUCACUAUUGCUUAAAGGCUCCCAUUAGUAGUGAAGAUGGAGAAGAGAGUGGUUCUUAUAACAGGGUGUUCUUCUGGAAUUGGACUGGGUCUAGCAGUACUUCUGGCCUCUGACACCUGCCAAAGGUUUAAAGUGUAUGCCACUAUGCGGGACUUAUCUAAAAAGGAGAACUUAAUGGAGUGCGUCAAAGACUGCCAUGCUGACACCUUUGAAAUUCUACAGAUGGAUGUGACAGACCAGCAGUCUGUGGUUUCCACUACCAAGAAGAUAAAAGAGCAGCGAGUAGAUAUUCUAGUAUGCAACGCUGGUGUCGGUUUGAUGGGCCCUCUUGAGUGUCACUCUUACGAAUCCAUGAAAAAACUAUUUGAUGUCAACCUAUUUGGGACCAUCAGCACCAUUCAAGCUUUCCUUCCUGGGAUGAAACAGCGGAAAUCUGGCAGAGUCAUCAUUUCCAGCAGUGUUGGUGGGCUGCAAGGUAUACCUUUCAAUGAUAUCUACUGUGCCAGCAAAUUUGCAGUGGAAGGGUUGUGUGAAAGCCUUGCCAUCGCACUACAGCAUUUCAAUAUACAUGUCAGUCUGAUUGAGUGCGGCCCUGUGAGCACCAACUUCAUGAAUAACCUGCACAGCGUGGACACGAGCGACAGUUGUCUGCAGGAAGUGGAUAGUGACACGCGCUUACUGUAUGACCAGUACCUGCAGCACUGCCAGUCAAUCUUCCAAGAUGUGGCACAGGACACAGAAGAGAUCCUGCAGGUGUUCCUGGAAGCCAUUGAGGCUCCAACCCCAUCGCUCAGAUACUUUACCACCCAGUUUUUCAUGCCGCUGAUAAAGCUGAAACUCUCCUGUGCAGGGGGUUCCGAGUAUGUCCGUGCCAUGCACAAGUUUGUGUUCUCUGGGACAAAGCAAAAGGAGGAAGAGAAAUAAAGGCUGAGGGUUAUGUUCACACUUUCAGGUAGAAGAUUGAGAUCUUCUACCGAUCUCAAUCAAGCUGAUGGUAGAUGCAGAGGGACAUAAUAAUACUGGGAAAAAAGCAUUAAUGUGGCCAUUUACUGAAAGUUGCACCGGUCUACUCACCCAUAGCAACCAAUCAGCAGCAAGCAUUUACCAUAAGUUAUAAGUUGUUGAAAAACAAACAACUCAUUGGUUGCUAUGGAUUACUAGACCUGGUGCAAACUUUGCACCUUUUACAACAUUGCCGCUUGUGUUGAAGACAAAGGCAGCCUGGUUAAUGCAAGUCAUAUGCAGGGCAUAACCAUGCAUAAGCACUGUAGUUUUACAAAAAGUGAUACAGUUUUAAAAGUGCUUACAAUCUCAGUAAAUGGCUGAUUACAAUGUACUGUACAUUUCUAAAUUGUUCUGACUGCAGAAUCCCUGGCACCUUUGCAGAGGCAAUGGAGGAAAAAGUGUAUUAUGUAUUUAAAUGAUUACUGAAUAAAUCUAUAAACCCUA